AUCCCGCUUGACCCGAUGCGAGAUCUCAUCUCUCUCCGCACAUUGCAAGGCUGAUAAGCUUCCUCUACGUGUUUCUCGUCCAAGUAUAGCAAAGUUCAUACCUAAAUACCUUUCAAGGCUGGAUGCACACUGCAGCUAAGCGCUGGCUUUCCACCACUGACCCAAAGCUCUCGACGAACAAGGAUCCCUUCUGAAUAGUCACAAAAAUGCAUGUCAAUAUCCCUCCAGGGUCUGCGGCGGUCAAAGUACAUCUGAUCAACCCGGUCAAUUUUGGUCCUGCACAGAUACACCGUUUCAUGGCACCGCCAGUCCCAGGUCUCGAGACGUUCAAGACAUCGCCGUCGCAUUCGUUCUACAUUGAACAUCCCUCAGGCCGUAAGCUUGUGUUUGAUCUUGGCAUCCGGAAAGAUUUUCAGAACUAUUCGAAGAGCAUUGCCGAUUAUCUUCCUACCACGAAGUAUGAUAUCCAGGUGUCCAACAACGUCGCAGACAUAUUGGAGGCGAAUGGCGUGGAUCCAGGAAGCAUUGAAGCUGUCAUCUGGAGCCAUUGGCACUGGGACCACAUCGGCGACCCCUCAUCAUUUCCUCAUCACGUCAGCCUGAUUGUUGGCCAGGGUUUCAAAGACGCCAUGCUCCCGGGCUACCCGGCCAACCCAAAUUCACCCAUUCGAGAAAGUGACUAUGCCAACCGAGAACUUCGAGAGAUUGCAUUCGAGUCGCAUCUUAAGAUUGGAAAGUUUCCAGCAUUUGAUUAUUUCGGAGACGGGAGCUUCUACUUGCUGGACAGCCCUGGACACGCCAUAGGUCAUUUGUGUGGCCUCGCGAGAACGACGACGGAGCAUGGCGGCUCAUUCAUUCUGCUAGGAGGUGAUAUUUGCCAUUACGCAGGCAUAUUUAGGCCCUCAGAAUACCUACAGAUCCCUGCUUCAAUCAGCCCACAUCCGUGCCAUCCUGAAAACCAUCCGCCCCUUUGCCCAGGUACUGCGUUCGUGGAGUUGCAGAAGAGUCGAGGCAGGUCUUCUACGGAGAGUUUAUAUGACAUGACGUUCGGUCAUGACAUACCGCUUGCGAAGAAUACUGCGACUUGGUUGCAGGAGCUUGAUGCAGAUGAUCGGGUUUUUGUGAUCAUUGCUCACGAUUCGACAGUCAGAGACGGCGUCGACCAUUUCCCUCGUUCUUUAAAUGACUGGAAGGCUAACGGCUGGGGUCAUUCGCUGAAGUGGACUUUUUUAAGAGACCUCGAACCAUAUUGGAGGGGGCAAGGUGUAAUCUAGUUGCGUCCACUUUACUGAACACGACAUAGUUUGUAGAUGAAGUUUAACAGUAUGCAUACAAUUUGUUAACACGUCUAAUCAAGGUAGCAAGAUUUAAUGUUAGCUCGUAGGUUGGUUCCAUUGGAAUUUGGCGAAUCUACAUGCGUAAAACAG